GUCAAAUGUCAGUUCUUCCCAAUUGUUAUUAGUUUGUUAUUGUAAGAUUGCAAGUUUUAGUUUGUUCAGAAUGGGUCGAUUUUACCACCUAGCCCUGCUUCUCUUGUUGGUGGGCUUCUUAAGUGAUGUGGAGGGCUUGACCAGCUCGGAGGCCAUGAAGCAAUUCCUUGAUCCGCAGAACAAAGCGAGACAAGCCGUUGGAGUUCCCCCACUUACAUGGAACCGCACAGUUGCUGCUUUUGCUCGUACUUAUGCUAGAGAAAGAAGAAGUGACUGCCUCCUUCAACAUUCAGAAGGAUCUCCCUACGGUGAAAAUAUAUUCUGGGGCGAAGGUCCAAAGUGGACGCCUCUACAGGCAGCGAAUGCAUGGAUUGAUGAAAGGAAGUGGUAUAUUCAUGCCAACAACACUUGCACAGGCCCAGAUUGCACACACUAUACUCAGAUUGUAUGGGCAACAACCACAAGUGUUGGGUGUUCUAUUAUAAAGUGUAAGAACAGGGACACAUGGAUCAUAUGCAGUUAUGACCCCCCGGGCAACUAUAUUGGUGAUAGGCCGUAUUGAUGGCCUGAGUAUUGCCAGCAUAUAUUUUGCUGUUAGGAAGUGGUUUCCUCUACCAACUGAAUGAUAGUACCUGGACUGGAAAUUGAGAGACUGUUCUUGCAUAUUUAUCAGGCAACCAAAGAUUCUCCUAAUUAAAUUCAACUUUUGAUUUGUUUCA